UUGUUCGAUUAGUGAUAAGACAAGUCAAAGUGAUCAUCCAUCCACUUUACUAAAAAAGUUUAUUUCCGGAACGAACCGGAGUUACAAAGAGUGUGUUCCAAAAACAUGUCUUCCUUUAUUUCCGAAAAUGUUGCGGCUGAGAAAGUUGACGCCAUGAGGAGGUUCGAGAGAACAAGAAACUUGUGGAAGUUUCUUCCAGUGAUUGAAGCUCUUGUCGCCGUGUUACUUCUUGUCUCUUGGUUGUCUCCGUCUCUUUCCGUCGGUGAAUAUCUCCGGCGGAUUAUUUCCGGUGGUUUGAGCGGCGGAAUAUUCAUAUUCGUCGUCGUGAACGUUCUCAUCGGCAUAAUUUUCUCCUUAUCUAACCACCACCAAAAAGUAACCGAACCUGAUCUGUACUUUCAGUACGUUUCUUCCUCCGCAACUACCACUACUCUCGGGGGUUUCUCCUCCGCCACUACUCCUCCGGGAGGUUGUUCUUCCUCCUCCGUCGUAGUCUCUGAAUGCCCGGCGUCUGAUAAUGAAGAAAAAACAUCAGGUAUAAUAACGUCAGGGACGAACAUAACCUCCGUUACACUAACUGCCGAAGAGGCUCGACCGAUGAAGCGAGAGAUGGUCCGGGCAAUCAGUUCCGUGGCGGAGACAGCUCAUGCUGUGAGAAGGAAGCAUGAUAUGACGUUUCUACCCCCAGUGGCAACUGAGAGUACUAGUGAUCAUCAGGUUUACAGGAGGUCGAGAUCGGAGAGGCUUGACGUGCGAGGAGAUUUUAGUCGGAGCAUGAGACGGUUGUGCGAGAUCGAUGAUCUGAGCAGUGAUGAGUUUAGAUCGACGGUGGAGACGUUUAUAGCAGGGAAGAAGAAGAUGCUGUUGAAGGAAUGGAUGAAGCCUUGAAAUAUUAUUAAGAAGACGGUUUUUACUAGGCUUUUUUAACCUUCAUUUUGGAUACAUAUAUAGUGAGUGAGUGAGUGUCAUGUCUACGAAAAUCAUAUAUAGCAUUGCCCUAUAAGAUUGAGAACUUUCUCGUUCGUUUCACUAGCUUCAUCACUUCCUUGG